CUAGCGCUUUUUCCCGGGCUGCUCGUGGAACUCGAGCGGCGCGGCUGAGGAGGUGUCCUGACGCGUGUCCCGUCCCGCGUCCCUGGUGGACAGCUGUGGCCCGCAACAUGAGCGCCCCGGACGCCCUUGAUGAUGAAAAUACAUUUAAAAUCUUAGUUGCAACCGAUAUUCAUCUUGGAUUUAUGGAGAAAGAUGCGGUCAGAGGAAAUGAUACAUUUGUGACAUUUGAUGAAAUUUUAAAACUUGCCCAGGAAAAUGAAGUGGAUUUUAUUUUGUUGGGCGGUGAUCUUUUUCAUGAAAAUAAGCCCUCAAGAAAGACAUUGCAUACUUGUCUGGAAUUACUAAGAAAAUACUGCAUGGGAGACCGUCCAGUACAGUUCGAAGUUAUAAGUGAUCAGUCAGUGAACUUCAGUUUCAGUAAGUUUCCAUGGGUGAACUACCAAGAUGGAAAUCUCAACAUUUCGAUUCCAGUGUUCAGCAUUCAUGGCAAUCAUGAUGAUCCCACAGGGGCAGAUGCACUCUGCGCUCUGGAUAUUCUAAGUUGUGCUGGAUUUAUAAAUCACUUUGGACGUUCUAUGUCUGUGGAGAAAAUAGACAUCAGUCCUGUUUUACUUCAGAAAGGAAGCACAAAAAUUGCUCUUUACGGUUUAGGGUCCAUUCCAGAUGAGAGGUUGUAUCGAAUGUUUGUGAACAAAAAUGUAACGAUGUUGAGACCAAAGGAAGAUGAGAACUCUUGGUUCAACCUAUUUGUUAUUCAUCAGAACAGGAGUAAACAUGGGAAUACUAACUUCAUUCCAGAACAAUUCUUGGAUGACUUCAUUGACCUCGUUAUCUGGGGCCAUGAACAUGAGUGUAAAAUAGCUCCAACCAAAAAUGAGCAGCAGCUGUUUUAUGUGUCACAGCCUGGAAGUUCAGUGGUUACUGCUCUUUCUCCAGGAGAAGCUGUAAAGAAACAUGUGGGUCUGCUACGUAUCAAAGGCAGGAAGAUGAAUAUGCAGAAAAUCCCUCUUCAAACAGUACGGCAGUUUUUUAUGGAGGAUAUCGUUCUGGCUAAUCAUCCUGACAUUUUUAAUCCAGAUAAUCCUAAAGUCACCCAAGCAAUUCAGAGCUUCUGUUUUGAGAAGAUUGAAGAAAUGCUUGAAAAUGCUGAGCGGGAACGGCUGGGAAGUCCUCAACAGCCAGAGAAACCUCUUCUGCGUCUGCGAGUGGACUAUAGCGGAGGUUUUGAACCUUUCAACGUUCUUCGCUUUAGCCAGAAAUUUGUGGAUCGAGUAGCUAACCCAAAGGAUAUUAUCCAUUUUUUCAGACAUAGAGAACAGAAGGAAAAGAUAGGAGAAGAAAUCAAUUUGGGGAAGUUCAUCACAAAACCUUCGGAAGGAACAACCCUCAGAGUUGAAGACCUUGUGAAACAGUAUUUUCAGACGGCAGAGAAGAAUGUGCAGCUCUCCCUGCUGACGGAAAGGGGCAUGGGCGAAGCUGUGCAGGAAUUUGUGGACAAGGAAGAAAAAGAUGCCAUAGAGGAAUUAGUAAAAUUCCAAUUAGAGAAAACACAGCGAUUUCUUAAAGAACGCCACAUUGAUGCCCUUGAAGAUAAGAUCGAUGAAGAGGUACGUCGUUUCAGAGAAAGCAGACAGAAAAAUACUAACGAAGAAGACGAUGAAGUCCGAGAGGCCAUGAUGAGAGCCAGAGCCCUGCGAUCCCAGUCAGAGGACCCUGCCUCCUCCUUCAGUGCCCAGGACCUAAGCAUAGACAUGGCGGAGCCAGUGACUGACGACUCCGACGACGACAGCAUGGCAGCCAUGGGGAGCCGAGGCCGAGGCCGAGGAAGAGGCCGCAGAGGAGGGCGUGGGCAGAGCUCCACGUCCAGAGGAGGGUCCCAGAGGGGCCGUGGGGCAGGCGCUGGUUUGGAGACUUCCACUCGAAACAGGUGUUCAAAGACCACUGUAUCAACCUCUAAAAAUAUGUCUAUUCUAGAUGUCUUUAAGUCUACACGACAGCAACCCUCCCGAAAUGUUGCCUCUAAGAAUUACUCAGAGGUCAUUGAGGAGGACGAGUCAGAGGACGAAGCUCUUUUUCCUGCCACUUCAAAAACAGAUCAAAGGUGGUCCAGUUCCUCCACCUCCGGCAAGCGCACUUCUCAGAGCCUGACAGCUAAAGGGGUAACCUUUGAGUCCGAUGAGGAUGAUGAUGAUGAUGACCCCUUUAUGAACAGUAGUUCUUUAAGAAGAAGCCGAAGAUGAUAUAUUUCUUAGCACUUUGAAGUUUUGAAGAUUCAGAAGGAAUCAGUGUUACAAGCUGGAUUUUGAGUUGAAGAUUUUAAAAGUAUUGAUGUUAAGCGAAGAAUCUUUAAAAAACUUGUUUAACAGAGAAACUAUAUAUAAGAAUUUCUAUUUUUGAAUAUCAUUUCCUAAAAGUGAUGUAUUUGAGAAAUUUUCCCAGUUCAGACACAUAUAGAAAAGCAGGCUUCCUUAAAUAUUUGGAAUGUUAUUUUUCUGACAUUGUGUGGCCUACUGAGUAAGAGCUUUAUUUAAACAUUCUUGAGUAAAGAUCAAAGUAAGUCCAUCAUUACAUGUGUCUUCGCAAUGGCAGAAACCGUAUCAAUAUAUUACUGUGGUUAUAUUAACUCAAAGCUGAGGAAAUACGCGUUUAAAAUUGAACCCCUUACCAUUUUAGCAGAGUGUGGAUUUCCCAAACAUAGACCAAUCUCCAAACCUCUGUGCCCUCCUGCACUCUCUUACUCUAAUUCGUGCGAGGGCAUAGGCCUUGUGAUACUUGAAUGGGCCACUUACCUUAAACUUCAAGUAUUUCUUCAGAUGAAAAACAGUCUCAUCUGAAGAUUUUGAUUUUAGCUCCAGCAGAGAUAGAAAAGAUUCUCUCUGGAACUUGGCAGUCCUUGAGUUCUGUCUUUGCUGCUGCGGGGAAAAUUUCCUAUUGAGUGAUAAUGGUAUUCCCUGUUUUUCUCCAUUUUUAAUGAUUUUCUUUCUGUAUUUAGGAGGGAAAGGGGUUAAAUUUUUAGCAGUGUCUUCUAGAAAAAUAUUGAAGAACUUUCCUAGAUAAGAGUGGUAAAUUGAGCCCUCUGGUUAUAUUAGGUCAAAUUAGUGAAAUAAAAUUUCUGUGGAAUGUUGCUGGCGUAUCUUGGUGAUAGUUUCUCUUGAUGUGAAGCUCAAGCAGCUUUGAGGAUCUUGGUAAACAGCUAUUUAACUUGAUGGUUUCUAGUGUUGAACGUGCAAGAACUUGGCCUCAGGGCUGGAGUAAUAGCACAGCGGAUAGGGCAUUUGCCUUGC